UUUAGCAGAAGGACCGAAUAAUAAAGGCGCAUUCGUUCAACAAUCGGACUAGUUUUUUGCGUGUACUCUGUAUGUUGUAUGUGUCUGGAUGCGAGAGUUGGGCGAAUAUUCUCCAUCUCGAUUCUCUGCAUUCAUUAGCACCGUCUAUAUUUAACGAGAAAAAGUGAAUCAACCCGUAACGUAGGACGUUGGUCAUAAUGAUGUUGUACAGAAAUUGGACUCGUGGCAAAUGUGUGAUUGUUGUACUUUUGAUAUGGUGUCGAUUAAUUGGUCAAAAUAUUAUCGGUGUCAAUUGUAAUUUUAAUCAUUUUCAUAAUAUUUUGAUGCGAAACACAUUUCCUUGUGCCAUUAAUUCGCUUUGCAUGUGUACAAAUGCCGGCAAUGGAACGCACUCCUACCGAAUAAGCUGCCAUGAUGUUUGGUUUUACAAAUUUACCGAAAUACUUCAAAAUUCCAUAAAAUAUGUAGAAAUGUCACGAAAUAAUUUGCAAUGUAUCGAUGACGAGACAUUCCAAGGGCUUCAUUUGGAUUCGUUGAAGCUAAUCGAUAACAAUAUACAGUAUUUCACGGAUAAAUGUUUCAAUUCGAUGACAUAUUCGUUACGUUUACUGGAUAUAUCGGGAAAUCAGUUCGGAGAAUUGCCAUUAGAAUCAAUUAGAAAUAUUCAUACACUUAGCCGAUUAGAAGCACACAGGAACAACAUACAGAGUUUAGAUGGUGAUUGGGGCUAUUUGGUUGACUCAUUACGUUCGCUACAUGUGUCAGGAAAUUCAAUAACGGAAAUGAAUUUCGCUGAUGAUGAAGACGAUUAUAUGGACGAAGACCUACUGCCGCGCAUUUCACAACAGCAACAGCAGCAGCAACAGCAACAACAUCAACGUUACCAUCAUAAACCGACGUACAAUGGUUACAAUUCGAUUAGUAGCAGCAGCUAUCGUAGUGCGUUUUCAAAACUUCGUAAACUGACGUGGUUGGAUGUGAGCGACAAUCGCAUAUCACACAUUGCUCCAAACUAUUUACCUCGAAUCAUAAUCACAUUAAAUUUAAGCGAUAAUUUAUUCACUGAAGUACCUGUAAAUAUGCUCCAGCAUUUACAUCAAUUACGAUCGCUUUUUAUGCGAAACAAUUUGCUCAAAACGUUAUCCAGUUUAGAAGACUAUGGCACGCCGAUGCUGUUGGAACGCAUCGAUUUUAGCUACAAUGCGAUCGAAGAGUUUACGCAUUUGUUCAAUGUUAAUUCAACCAUUAAAAUCAUUAUACUCGAAAAAAAUUGGAUACGCCGUUUGCAACCGAAUGCAUUUCGAAAUUUAUCAACGAGCCGAUUAGCAUUGGCUUACAAUCGCAUCCAUCACAUUCACAGCGAUGCAUUUAAUGGACUCGAAGAAUCGUUGGAACACCUUGAUUUGGAGCAUAACUUAUUAACGAUUUUUCCAAAAGCCAUAAUGUCAUUGAAACAAUUAAAUUAUUUAUACUUGCCAUCAAAUGGUAUCAGCACAUUGAAUGCAUUACCCAGCACCGUACGGGCAUUAUCAUUAGCAGCGAAUAAUUUUACCACAAUGCCAUUGCAUGCAUUGAAAAUGUGCACCGAUCUAAUGUACUUGAACAUGGGAUAUAAUAAAAUCGUUGAAAUAUCCGAAAAUAUGUUCAUGGAUUGGGGUAACAAAUUGGAAACAUUGUUUUUGCGCAACAAUAAAAUCACGAGCUUAAAUUAUGGUUCAUUUAACGGCUUAGAUGCCAUUAAAGAAAUGAGCCUCAGCUUCAACGACAUUCAUUAUCUGCAUCCAUUAGUAUUUGAAAAUAUAUCGAAAACGCUUACCAUAUUUGAGCUAUCGUUUGGUUUAUAUCGUGACGAUUUUCCAACCGAACAAUUUAAAUUUCUAACCGAAUUGAUGUGGCUGUCGUUGGAUAAUAAUAAUUUGAAAAAAAUUUCCGACGAAUCGUUGAUUACGCUAACGGAAUUGGUGCACAUUAAUCUAUCGUUUAAUCGGAUCGCCAUGUUUCCGCCGACCAUUUUCAUUGCGGAAAUACACAAGAAACUCAAAGAAGUCGAUUUAUCAUACAAUUCAUUGACCAAAAUCUAUACAAAUACAUUUGACAGUCUCGUUAAUUUACACACGGUACGGCUCGCUUCCAACCGGAUACAAUCGCUAGAUAUGCACAGUUUUCACAAUCUACCGGCAUUGACCUAUGUGGAUCUAACACAUAAUUUAUUACGUAACAUUAGCGAAAAUGUGUUCACAUUUUUACCAAGAUUACUGCAACUGGAUUUGAUGUACAAUCAUUUGGAGCAGUUAACAUUUAAAAUAUUUAAGCAUGCAUCGAAUGAAACAAUGCCCUUGCGUUUGAACAUCAGCCAUAAUCGUUUAACGAUUCUUGACGGCGAAAUCAAUUCAUUUUUGUACAUUUAUUCAAUUGAUGCCACAUCCAAUUAUCUUAACGAUUCGCAGAGUUUUCGAUAUUUGGGUUAUAGCUUGAAGGAGCUCAUAUUGCGACGGAAUAGUUUCAACAUUUUAAAUAAUCAUGCAUUCAAUGAAUUGUAUAAUCUUGACUGGUUGGAUUUAUCGUAUAAUAAUUUAACGGUGUUACGAAGGAGAUGCUUUCAGGGAUUGACCAGUUUGCAAAAGCUUGAACUUAACAACAAUCACAUAAAUCAACUUCAAUCCGAUCAAUUUGCCGAUUUGCGAAAUUUAAGAAUUUUAAAUUUGGCACACAAUCGUUUGCGUUCAUUGCCACGUGAAAUUUUUGUGCACACACGCAUCGAAUAUUUGGAUCUAUCGAACAAUCAACUGACACUGUGGCCCGCCAAUUCAUUGUCCGACAUUGGAUUCACGUUACGCAAUGUGCACAUGGCAUUCAAUGAAAUCGAAUAUUUGGAACCAAAUAUGUUCAUCAACACACAGUACGUGUAUACGUUAGAUUUAUCAAGGAAUAAACUGGUCGUGAUUCCGGACAACACUUUUAGCUAUCUUAGCAAUUUAACGAAUUUAGAUUUGAGCAAUAAUCCAUUAGUUACCGCCAAUUUGGAGCAGAUCUUCCAUCACACACCAAUGUUACGUGUGCUUAAUUUACGGUCGAUGGGCUUGUAUCACAUGCCAUCGAUGACCACAACACAUCAUUUAACGGAGCUAGACGUAAGCAUGAAUAAUUUGCAGGAAACUAGCCCUUUGAAUCGAUUAAAGCAUUUACGUGUGCUGAAAAUAGCCCAGAAUAAAGUGUCAAAUAUCAGUGCGUUUGCCGAACGAAUGCCGUCGUCGAUACGUGUGCUCGAUUUAUCACGGAAUCCAAUCAAACGGAUUUCAUUGCUAGAUUUCACGCGAAUACGUCGUCUUGAAGAAUUGUAUAUGAAAGGUUGUACGAUACGAAAUCCAAUGCCAUUUGGACAAUUCACAAAUCUCAAAGUGUUUCAUUUCGAUGCUCAGCCAUCAUUUGGCGAUAUUGUUUCAAAUAUGCGCGGUUUGCAUGAGCUACGCAUCGAAGUGAAUGGUGAACUGUUGGACGGUACGAUUUUAUCGAAGCUUGUGAAUCAUACGAAAAUUAAUUCGGUCGAAAUUACGGGAAAACGUCUAAUGCAAAUAUCACCGAAUGCUUUUACCGGACUUGCGCACACUUAUAAUUUGAAAUUGAAAAUACAUAAUACACAAAUCAACGAUUUUCCACCGACAAUUUUCUAUGCAUUGCGUUCGAUUCCACAUUUGUCGAUCGAUCUGUCAAAUAACAAUGUGGCCAAUUUGGCACCGGACAGUUUCUAUCCGAAUGCAAGCAGUUGGGACGCAGUCGGAACAAGAAGCAUCAUUGGAGGUCUAGAUAUUUAUGGUAAUCCAUUACAAUGUGAUUGCGGCCUAGUUUGGCUGGGACAUUGGCUACGACGGUGGCUUCGUGAAGUAUCACACAUUCACAAUCUCAACGAUGACGAAUACAAAGAAAUGGUCGAGCGAGCGCGACGAAACACAUGCAUCGACCCACAAACCGGAAAAGUGGUCCCAUUUUUGGAAGUAUUUCCCGAGGAUCUUUUAUGCCAUGCAAGUGCGCUCAGCAGUUCUGCCGUCAAUAAAUGUAUCCUCAUGCCAACAUUUGUGAGAAUUUUUAUAUUUUUAUCGAUAAUUUUGACAUUUAAUUAUUCCAUGUUCAUCUGAAUUUGCCAUUUGAGUGCAUCAAAUAAUUUAGACAGAUUCAAAUGUUUAGUUUCCAUACAUAUAGUUUAAUCUAUAAACUAUAUAUAUAUAUACGUAUAUGUAAUGACAGAGAAAAAAGAGCCAAUUCCAUCAAUAUCGAAUAAAUAUAUUUAUCUGAAUAUGAUCAAUGUCGGCAUAAGUAGGAAGAUUCUAAUUUUGUUAUGAAAUUGAAGUAUUUAUAUUUAAUAAAUUUAAUGAAAGGGAACGAAUUAAUUGUAAAUUGACGGAAUAAUGAUAAAUGUACUUGUAACUUAAUCACAUACACACGCACGCCAUUUUCCAUUGUUAUAAAAUUGAAUUAAAUUUAAAUUAAAAUCAGAUACUGUUUCUCAAAGUAAUAUAUGUGUGCGGAGCAAAAUUUGAAUCGUUUCCUCUGUUAAAAAUGGUCAGAUGUAUAGCGAUUAAUGAUUAAAUGAAACUAGCUGGUUAUUUAUGUGGCACAGAAUUUGUGUAAAUGUGUAUGACAAUGUAUUGUAUAUAAAAUAGUGCAAUUUUCCAUUUAGAUACAUCUAUUUAAUGUGACCAUAUCAAGAUAUUGAAAUUUACUUUGGUUACGAAGAAAGGAGACCGAGAUUGUUAUUAAAUUUUAUUGAUUUUACCUGUUCGUUCAACUGACAAAUUAUUCGGCGUCGUCUUGGAAGCCAUCCGUUCCAUCAAGUUACAAUAAGGUUGUGUAGAGUUCAAUUCUGAGUGAAUGUUAUUGGCACACAUUUCACUUGUGUAUGUGACGGUUUUCAAUCUCAUGAGACCAUUGAGUGUAUACACUUGGUUGCCGAGCUUUGCUUGCUCGAAAUGAUAAUAUUCAGAAGCCGUGCAAGAGAUUCCUCUUUCUCUAUUAAGUGUUAGUUCAGCUCGUGUAAUUGCAUUUUCGAUGCAUGCAUUGAAAAUUUUCAAUAGUGUUCGACACCACAAUACACAGUCAUGUUCUCGUAAGGAUUCACUUGGAAUUUUCAUUCAUUUCCAUCGCCAUACAUAAUAUACUCCAUAUCUAAUUCACUUUUAUUA